AUCGACCACAUCCAACACGCCAUCGGGCGAGUUAAAUCAGGACUCUCGUCUCACUCUCAUGAACUCUCACCUUCGAAAUUGGAUCAAACUGUCUUUUGUUUCAUCUAGGCCGGAGUUACCAUUGAAGCUUUACGAUAAAAUUAACAAAGAUUUAUUUUCUCACAUUAGUUCAAAUCAAUCGUAUAAAACAAUAACAGUUAACUUAAACACCAUAGUUAUAUUGGCUAUGCGAUUGGUCUCCACUAUUUCAUUAAACCAACGUCGUAAUGAAGGCGAUUUCUUAGAAGGAAAUUGUAAAAACGUUUUAGUCAAAAAAUGGCCCGAAAAGGCUUAAACACGGCAAAGGCCCACUUGCAAUUUUGAACGAGAAUGAGUCUGAUAUCACUCAAAUUACCCUAGGGAGUGAUUUACUCUCUCAAAUAAGAGGUUCAAUUGUAGUACUUAGGAAUCUAAUCCACAAGGAGCUAGGGCACACAAUAUAUCUAAACAAUUUGUGAUUAAGCUAGAUAAGUAAUGAAAACAGUAAAUUGUAAGGUGAACAAGGUAGUUGUUCAGUCGAUUGGUUUGAGGUUUUGUAAACAGUUAUUAGAAAGUAUUAGAUUUAGGAUUUCAGUUCAGGUAAUUGGGAUUAUAGAAGUAUAUAAUAUUUAGGUUGUCAAUCCUAGAACUCGACUUCUAGUGUAAAGAUAUCCAGCUUUCGCAUGUGAUUCUUAUGUAUUGACUAAAUCCAAUAUCUAAGUUGUCGUUUGUUGAUACGGAUUGAAUGUCGAUCGAUAUUAUGGUAAGACCAUCGAUUGAUGUUCUCUUAGACAUGCGUUAGAGAGUUGAUUGAUAGGUUCACUAGUAUUGUCUAAAUCAGCUUCCACUUGUUUCUUGCAAUACUAGCUCAAAGGAAUUAGUUCUGUUGAAGAACUUACCGUCCUAGUUGUUCACAAUCCUAAGUUCAAGGUUCUAGUUAGCUACUCUAGAACACAUGCAUUAACCACCAUUCUUUGAAGGAUAUUUAUCACCUUAGCAAUUCUAUAUUUUGGGCUAAUCCUUCUUAACCUAUUUGAACCCUAAAUCUAACAAGAGAAUGACUCAGACAUAUCAAACCAAUUCAUAAGCAUAAACUGAAUAAAAUGCAUAAAUAGAUCAAGGUUAGAAAUACUGGAGUUCCUAUACAAAUCUCUGAAAGAGUCUUGGAUCUUCUCUCUAAGUCUACUAAAAAUCCUAGGUGUUGUUUGCUGUGAAAAGUAGAAAGCAAAAAAGUGUGUGUUUCCUAGGAAAAUGGCAGAGCUCAUAAAUAUUAGAGAAAAUUACUAGAAUGUUACACAUUUUAUGGUUUAUUACUAGAAUGUUGUACAUCUUUGUUUUAUUACUAGAAUGUUUUCUCUUUCCUAGUAAUUUACAAUAAGGGGCUUUUGUUAUGUUUAUUUUCUGAAACUAAUUUUAAAGAUCAAAGCCACAUCAGUUAUUAAAAAUCCACAUCACAUCAGUUAUUUUCUGAAACCAAACCGUCUCUAUCACUAUCACUAUCAUACAUACGGUUUUGUCAAAAAAAAGAAAAGAAAAGAACACGAAGAACUGUGUUGUGUCGAAGAAGGAACCGCAAACCGAAAUCCUCUCACCCUUCGAAACCCUCGUCGACAUUGUUCUUUACUUCGUCGAACUCUCUCUAACUCUCUGUCGUUGAACUCUCUAUAACUCUCUGUCGUUGAACUCUGUCUCGUCGGAGUUUUUAGAAACCGUCGUCUGUACGAAAUCGCCUUCACCGCAUUCUCAUCAACGAGUUCAUCUUUUCCGAUGGAUGUUAGUCAAGUCGAACCACGUGAUUACCCUCCAAGACUUUACCCUUCUAACCUAGAAGGUAAAGAUAUCAAUCAUAAUUUCCGUGCAGGACAUUUCCCCCACAUUAAAGAAACAAUAGGACUCGAUGUGUGGGAAGAACUGGUGAACUCUCCCAUUGGAGUAGUUGCUAGUCUACUUUCACGCGAAAGCAUUUGGUCUGGUAGGACCGUACACUAUCUGCUAUGUAGACAGCUGCGAGUGCAUAAAAAGGAGAUAUGGUCUGUUGUGGUUGAUGAUGUUAUCAGGUUUAGCUUGCUCGAGUUUGGUGAGAUCACUGGGUUAAACACAGAUCCAUUGCCAACAGAAAGUUUUGAACCUGAUCAAUACAAAGAAUUUUGGGAGGAGUUGAAGGUGCCGCUUGGGAUGGGACCCAAGUAUGAUGAGCUGAAGGCAGCAUUAGAGUUCUGUCCUGGUUGGAGUUUUGAAAAGCGUAAGUGGUUGGGGAUGUUAUUUCUUCAAGCCAUGGGACUGUACUGUUUGCAUCACAAUUCAAGGAUACCCUUUCAAAGUGCAAUAAGGGUAUUCGACGAUGAAGCCAUGAGGUCGUAUCCAUCGGGUCGGACUGCAUACGAAGUUCUUGUUGACUCUCUGAAAACACUGUCUCCAGAUGGAAAGUCAUACACAGUAAGCAGCAUGAAGGACGUUUUAUUGGUUUGGGCGUAUGAGUCCAUCGUCUGUUUCGGUGAGAAGUUUGGGAGAGUGGUCAACAAUGAAGACGUUCCUCUUUUGCGAUGGGGUGGAAGGCGUACACGUUCAAGUUUUGAUACUGUCUUGUCUGACGAAAUCAAAGAUCAUGGCGAGGUCCGUUUGAGGAGAAUGGUUAUGAAGGAGUCAAUUGAAGAGAUGUUUCCUGUAUGGUCGGAUGAACCUGACGACCCACAACUCGUUAGGUUGGUAGAAGACAUACACGCAGGUAGAUACGUGAAAGGUUUCUGGGAAGUACAGAGGGAUGAGCAGGGGAAGGGGAAUGAGAAGAAGAAGAAGAAGAAAACGAAGGGAGUUUCAUCAGAAGCUGAGCCAUCAACAAAGAAGCAGAAGAAAGAAGCUGCUGAAACGAGAAAGGGUUCUAGCGAGGAGGAAGCUGUAUUGGACAAAGCGACUCUGACGAAUCUUGUGAGUGCUCUGCAGAAUAUUUCAGCAAAAUUUGACGCUUACGAUUUUGACCGGAACCGGCCAGUGAUGGACGAGAAGACCCUAGAUAACGUGGUGAAAGCUGUAGUGCAGCAGAGUCUGAAAGUUUUGGGGGAAAGGAAAAUUCCCGACAACGAUGCUAAACUCUCCUCCGCCGGCGUAGAAAAAUCUUUAUCGGUGACAUCAUCACCUCGUAGGAGGUCGCCACCGGAAAAGUCGGACAAAAGUCCAGUGGUAAAACCGCAGGCCCAGGAGGAGAAGUCUGUAAAAACUCCAGUGACAGAACCGCAGCAGCAGAAAAAGCCUGUCAAAAGUCCAGAGCCGCCGCGGCAGAAAGAGAAGGCUGUCAAAAGUCCGGUGCCGCCGCAGCGGAAGGAGAAGGCUGUCAAAAGUCCGGUGCCGGCGCAGCAGAAACAGCAGAAGUCAGUCAAAAGUCCAGCGUUAGCUGAGACCCCUGCAAAGAAGAAUUCGGAGCUUGAGAAGGAUACAGUGGUGAGAAGGAUUUUGGCUGAUGAUUUUAAUGAAAUUGAUUUCAUCAGUGUUUCUCCUGCAAAGAUUACUAAGGAUGCUAAGGAUGGUAAGGAUGCCAACGUUCCAGCCUAUGGACGCGGCUUACGGGGCAAGGCCAAGCGUACUGUUACUGUAAAGGAUGAGGCUAUCGAGGAUAAGAAAAAAGCACAGCGGGCAGAGGCUGCGUUGAAGAGGAAGGAGAAGCAAGAGGCUAAGAAAAAAGAGAACGAGGAGAAGAAACAGAAGAGAAAAGCGGCUGAGUUACAAAAGAAACAAGAGGCUGGGUUACAGAAGAAAAAGAAGGAAGACGAGGCUGAGUUACCGAAAAAAAAGAAGGAAAAAGAGGCUGAGUUACCGAAGAAGAAGAAAGAAGAAGAGGCUGAGUUACAGCGGUCUGAGGAAUGUGUUGUGACGAACGACGAAGUUCUUGCGGAAGAUAACGCAUUGGCGGCGAAGUCUGAUGUCGAGCCAGCUGAAUUGAUUAGAUCUUCCGUGAUAAAGAAAUUUCGGGAGAAAUCAGUUAAGUUAUCUCCACAAGGGUUUUCAUUGACGAACCUUGAUUCAGCACCAGUUUUUCCGUACAUUGGAGAAAAUGGACAGACGACUUGCAUGAGGAAGAACAUUACGCCUUCAUCAGCAAUAUACGACCCUUGCGCACCUGUUGAUCCGGCGCGACUGGAAAAACUGAAGCAACACAUUAAGGCAAUUCCACCCCAACCACCAGCACCUAAAGAUAAACCAGAAGAACUCUUAGCUGAUCAUGAGAGUGACUUCUACAGCAUACUCAUGCAUGAAAGACCGUGGCCUGACAAAGAAUAUGGAUGGGUGUUUGAUAAUGUAAGUCUUUAUUAAGGCUGACUUAUAUAUUCUAUAAAGGCUGACUUAUAUAUUUAAUUCAUUAUAUUACGGCUGACUUAUUAUUUUUCUUUGUCUAGCAUAUCGCUGCGUAUAUGAACGUCCUCAUACAAAGGUCCAUGCGAGAUCCCACUCCAUUCUGGUCCAAGCGGAUUGGUUUCAUAGACCCUUGGUUGUUAAGUUCUUGGGCUUACGAUUACAGGCAGUUCAGGAUGAAACCUGCUUCGUUCAAGUUCAAAGACAGUGGUUAUGAAGCGUUGGUAAACGGGAGAUUCCCCGAAGAAUUUACAACAAACUUGAAGUGGUAUGCAGAUGUGGAUCACGUGUACGGAUGUCUUCAAACCGGCGGUAAUCACUGGGUGGCGUUUCACGUGGAUCUGAUCAAGGAGAAGAUAGAUUGCUACGAUCCAAUCUAUGGAGAGUCAACACCCGAAAGUGAGCAAAAAAUGCUAAAUGCUUUUAGACCUCUACUGGAGAUGCUUCCCUGGAUGUUGAAUGAGCUUAUUCCUGCCGAUCUCCGAAAGCAUUCUAGGAAGAGGUUCGCAUUCAGACGGAGGAGCAAAAGAUACAUUCCACAAAACAACUUGUCAGGUGAUUGUGGGGUUUAUUCGUUGAAGUUUGUGGAGUGUCUAGCACUUGGUGUAUCUUUUGAUGGCAUAAACGAUAGUAAUAUUCAAGGGUUACGGAUGAAGAUGGCAGCAGAUAUCCUCGAGGAAGGAGGAAAUGUUGGAAUGAACAAUUUGUUGUCAAAAUGAAACUGUGUUUGUUUGUGAACCUGUGUUUGUUGUUAUGUUAACUAUUUGACUUUGGAUAUUAUAUGUCAGUCUUUUCGUUUUUAUAACCCAGCCCUGUCAUAGAUGAGUAACUAAGGCAAACCCCAAAUAGUCCCUAAAAACGAAAACUGCUGUAAUAACUCAGUUGUAUCGAUUAGUAAUACUCAGCCAGUACUCAUUGAUAACUCAGUCAUACCUCAAACAUACCCUAGAAUCAAAAUAAUUAAUAAUUUUUCAUUCGAAUGUUAUAUAUAAAGUCCAAUUAUCAAAAUAAUUAAUAAUAACUCAAUGUGUGAGCAUGAUCUUUGUUGACUAUACGAGUUUGGAAUCGAUUAUAAUCUUGAGGUAUAUGUUGUCUCUUACGAGUACCUAAAACUCUAGGCAGUGAUAUGAGGUGUGAGCAUGAUUCAAAACACGUAAACUGUUAUUGUGUUAUUUAUUAUGAAUUUGUGAUAUUUAUCAUAUCUUGUGGUUCGUACAUCAUAAAUCAUAACCCUAAACAAUCUUAUUCGGAACCCAAACCCUAAAUAACUAAACCCUAUACCCUAAACGGCAAACAACAAAUCAGCCGUAAAGGUUUUAAUAACUCAGCCUGUUAGUGUAAGUUAAUAUUUACAUAUGGCGCGAAAAUUUUAGAUAUUUUAUCUCGCGACCUUUGAUGUUCUAUACUUCCCCUAUAUAUAGCCCCCUUCUCUUGCACCUUCUCGCCUUAUCUCACUAGAAAACCUAAACAAUAUCUCUAUAUCGCCUUACAAAGUUAUGAUUGUUCCUGGUUAUUCAGAAAGGUUAGAGAACAGAGUCAAUGAGAUACUAAACUCUGAAAAUCGUGAAAACCUUCCCGUUCUAUACCCUGGCCCGGGUGUCUUGCUUGACCAAACCAGCGUAAUCUGGUUUAAAUUUCUAAGCGAUCUCUCCCUGGCCAUCCCGUCGAUUUUAGCAGAAGGAUGGGUUCAUGAUUGGCCGACAUGGCGCGCCAUUCCCGAUCAUUUUAAGGAACGCUGGUUUCUUCAACUCGCUCGCAAACGCACGUGGGCACGAAGAUAUAAUUUUCAAGUUUGGACAAAUUUUAAUCUGGUGGCCAGAACGGUGUUUCGUUGUCAGAUGCGCCUCUUGAAGAGGAGGUGGGCACAUGGGGGUGAGAAGCCUGCGUGGAUGCUAACUAGAGUUUGGCGUGAUCUUGUCCACAUGUUUGAAGAAUUUGGUCCUGAUAAUUUUGGUGUUAGAAAUUGAUUUGUUGUUUUUGUUUGUAUUCAGCCGUCAAGGUUUUGUAAAGUUGUUUAACUCAGCCGUUAAGUUUAUAUAAAGUUGUUUAACUCAGCCAUUAAGUUUCUAUUAAGUUGUUUAACUCAGCCGUUAAGUUUCUAUAAAGUUGUUUAACUCAGCCGUUAAGUUUCUAUAAAGUUGUUUAACUCAGCUGUUAAGUUUUUAUAAAGUUGUUUAACUCAGCCAUUAAGUUUCUAUAAAGUUGUUUAACUCAGUCGUUAAGUUUCUACAAAGUUGUUUAACUCAGCCGUUAAGGUUUUAUAAAGUUGUUUAACUCAGCCGGAAUUGUUUGCGAAUUAAGAUACUAAUAUUGUAAAAAUUGUAAUACGAAUUAAGAUACUAAUAACUCAGCCUUAUAUUGUAAAAAUACAAAGCCAUAGUUAACGCUAUUUUCAAUGUAUUAUUAUGGCCGCCAUUACAUAAUCGAGACCAUUAUUAGAGUCCUUUAUUCUCUUAUUAUUAUACGUGCGAGAAAUUCCAUCGUCAUUGAGAAUAUCGAGACUCAUUAUUAUACGGCUAGCACGCAUGUAUCGGAUACGGCUCAAACCUAAUAUCGAGGUUUAACACAGCCGUAAUACGAAUUCAACUUAAGUGUUUGAUAAAAUAAUAAAGAAUCUUUCGUAUUUCUUGAUUUGAUUGAGUUCUGUAAUAAUUAAAGUGCAUCAAGUGUGUGGAAAAAUACGGCUCAAACCUAAUAUCGAGGCAUUUAAUAGUUUAUUAAUUUAAAUUAUUCCUCUUUAUUUGAAUUUAAAAAAAAAAUGAUUUUAUAUUACUACCACUAUUGUUUUAACUUUGUCUUUCACACCAAUUUCUCUUUCAUUCAAAGAAAAUGUCUUCUUCAUCAUCUGUGUCUGGUAACACUUACUUUCACCGCCGGCAUGUGGAAAGAGGAACGCCGAAACAGUGUUGGUGUGGUGAACCCGCUGAAUUAUGUACAUCUGCAUCACGGGCUAAUCCAGGAAGACUGUACUAUUGCUGUCGCAAAGGAUAUAUUAAGGUUUGAUUUUUAAUUUUAUUCAUUAUACUGUCAAUGUGAUACUAAGAGCUGGGCAUGUUGGUGAAAUCAGAGACAUUUAUUCAAAUGGGCGGACGAGUGCUUGGUGGAAGAGGUAGAAGAUAUGAAAUCGAUGAUGAGUGACAUGACCAAAGGCAUAUCAGAUCUGAGAGUAGACGUUGGUCGGUUGGAGAAAGAACUCGGUAAAGCGGAAAAGAUGAAGUGUUUGAUGAAUAAAUGAGAAUAACUCAGCCAUAAGAUGAAAAUAAGUCAGCCAUAAGAUGAAAAUAACUCAGCCAUAAGAUGAAAAUAACUCAGCCAUAAGAUGAAAAUAAGUCAGCCAUAAGAUGAAAAUAACUCAGCCAUAAGAUGAAAAUAAGUCAGCCAUAAGAUGAAAAUAACUCAGCCAUAAGAAAAUAAGUCAGCCAUAAAAACAGAAUAUAUAAUUUUUUUGUUCGACAUACAUAAUGGCAUAG